AUGAUGUUCACGGCCGCUCCGACAAUGCGCCUGGGAAGCAAGGGUUUCUCCGCGAGCCCGGCCUCGACCAGGGCAGGUAGCAGCUCUCCACCUAUUCCAACGGCAUUCUUCGCGCAGUAUCCGCAUACUGUGCCCGUGGCGCGCAACAGCUACCCGGAUGAGAGUUCGCCCGGCUCUUCAGAGUCUUUGGUCAGUGUAGCAGGCGACGACAUGCUCGCCACUCGGCCUUUGAAUCCCAGUCGCAUCAGCCCACCCCCUGGCCUGGAGCACCUGGGCUCCCCAGUCCUCUCAGAAGCCGAAGCUCGCCCCUGUCUUGAGCCUUUCUUCCUCAGCCCACCGGCUUAUCGGCCACAGGUUGCCGAGCUGCCGAGAACCCCACCACCCCCCAACACACAACCACGGCUGUGGCGGACCGUUCCACCGCCACCUUCAGCCCCUGCGCCGGAGAUCACGUCACAGGAGGCCUUUGCAACUCCUCCGCCGCGUGAGGAACCUUGCUUGCGCCUUGACCUCUCCAACUACCUGCUUGAGAAGACUGGAGUUCAAGCUGCGCACCAUGAAGACUGCAAGCCCUGCGCGUUCUUCCACACCAAAGGGGAAGCUUGGUUGCAAACGCGGGUCUUGAUUUUCGAGGCUUUGUCACAAAUGGCUCAGAUGGCUGGAGAGCUACAAGAACCACCCAUCACCAAGCGCACAACUCCCGAAGCCGCGACUGCAGCUUUCGGUUUGUUUGGGCAGCGGUAUUUUGCUGAGUCCAUCCAGGGCGCAUUCCGGGAAACUGGUGCCAAGCCCGAAGCGAUCGACCGAAUUUAUGUUGGAAAUUUUGCAGGUGAGCUCUUCAACAGCCAGGGCCACCUGGGCGCCGCUGUUGCGGCUGCACACCCGGCACUGCUGCAUCGGCCCUCCAUGCGAGUAGAGGCUGCUUGUGCCUCUGGAGGCUUAGCUUGUGCCGAAGCUGUACGCGCGGUCUGCGCAGGGGAUGACAUCGUCCUGGCCGUGGGUGUAGAGGUGCAGACAGAGGCAGAUUCCCGGACCGGUGGUACUUAUUUGGCUCGGGCCGCCGACUUCAAGCGUCAAUCGGGUAUAGACGACUUCACCUUCCCUGCGCUUUUCGCCAGACGGGCCAAAGCUUAUUUGGAGAAAUAUCCUGAAGUCAAGAUGGCCGACCUAGCCACAGUGGGCGUGAAGGCCUACUCCAACGGAAACAAGAAUCCGUUGGCGCACAUGCACACAGUUCAGCUCCCUUUAGAGAAAGCCGUGGCCGGCCCUGAGUUCCUCAAGAAUGAAGAGCUCAAGCCGUUUGUGCGAGCGACGCAUUGUUCGCAAGUCUCAGACGGCGGUGCUGCAGCCAUUUUCGUGUCCGAGGAGGGUCUCCAGAAGUGUGGCCUCAGCAAGCAUCAGGCGGUGGAGAUUGUUGCGACAGACUAUGGUGCAGGAGAUUUGUGGUCCGACCCGGAGGAUUUAGCCGUGAUGGACACCACGAAAGCUGUGGUGUCACGGAUGCUGGCGAGCGCCGGCGUGAAGCCUUCGGACUUGGAUGUAGCAGAAGUCCAUGACUGCUUCGCCAUCGCUGAGAUCCUCAUGUACGAGGCGAUCGGGUUGGCGGCGCCUGGAAAAGGCACUGAGUUGGUGAAAUCUGGCGCCACGUCCUUGGAGGGCAAGAUCCCAGUGAACACAGGCCGGGCACUGGACAAGGAUUUGGGGCAUGCUUGCUUUCUUCGUGCGCUGAAGCAGUGUUCGAUUAGUUGGCACCGGAGCUUUGGUUUGCCGCGGCGACUCGUGAUGCCCUCCAUACCGGCCAUGUUCAACCUUGCGGAGAACGAUGACGCCGACGAGGAGGAGAGCGACCUCCCUGACCUGGAGGACAACGAGAGCGGCGGCGCGAUCCAAGGACCUCAAGGUGCAGCCUCCGAGGCGGACCAAGUGUGGAGAUGUGCCGGCUGUGACGGGCACGAGCUCUACCGGGACGGCCUUUGGAGAUGGUGCUGUGUACGGUGCGGAAGCCUGGAGUACUACAGGAUGGACCAGCCGACUUACCGAGAAGCGGCGCGCCCUCGCCGAGCAGCCCGCCAGCUGCUACUCCAGGGAGUUUGCUGGGCGGCCGCCGCAGGCGGCGGAGACGACGAGCUGGAGCCGGACCACCUGGAGGAGAUGACGGAACCUCGGCGACUUCAAGGCGAGCACGUCGACACGAUCCUCUUCUACCCCAAGGUGCGGGAGCCCCUCUGCGCCCAGACCUACCUGAACCACGACGAGCCCAUACGCUACCCGAUCCUGCGCAAGAACAUCCCGCCUAUGACCCGAAUGGGACCCGAGAAAGGUGUGAAGUUCAGAGGGGGCGCUCCACCACAGCCGCCCCAGUGGAAAUACGAGUCCCACGACCUCCGGGCUUUUGCGAAAUGGUCGCGUAAGGUCGAGAUAUGGCAGGUGCAGGUGGCCCACUACAUGACUUCCAAGGAGGCGGCGCUCCUGCUGUACACCUCCCUCACUGGCGAGGCGGAGGCCGAGAUGGAGCAUGUGCCGCUCGAGAAGAUCAACCACCCCGACGGCAUCAAGUACAUUCUCGACUGCCUGCGGAAGCCCAUGGAGCAAAAGUCGGUCUACCAGAAAAGGAAGUUCCUGGCCGACUACGAGAAGAUCUCCCGGUAUCCCGGGGAAGGUCUGAGAUCCUUCUCGAACCGCUACCGGAGGAUCGAACGGAGCCUCGAGGCCCUCGGCGUGAGCAUAUGUGGCAUGUACGAUAGCGAGUCUCGAGGGAACCGUCUUCUGGAGCGAGCCAGGCUAUCGGCAGCCGACCAGCGCUUGAUCAUGGUCGGGGCCGGCUACAACCUGGAGUUCGAGGCCAUCACCGAGAGCAUGACGAUGCAGUAUCCCGAGUUCCGCGCCGCGCCACCUGUGGUCACCAAGGACGGCACGCCGCUGACAAGGACGCCCGGUCCGAAAGGGAAGGGCGCCACGACUCCCAACCACAGUGGGAAAGGCGGACACACCGGGAAAGGACCGCCGCCGCAGCGGGUCUACAUCACGGAGGAGCCCCUCGACCAGAUCCCCGAGAACGAGGAGCAGCCAGCCGAGCCGGACGCCGACGAGAACCAGGACGACCAGGACAACGACAACGAGGCCGGCGAGGAGGACGGCGAGACCCAAGACGCCGACGACCUGGCAGAGGUGGCCGAGGUCUUGACCGUUACGGCGAAGAAGCUGGCAGGGCUUAAGCUGGGGCGAAAAUACACCGGCCAGCCCAAGAAGGACCCGGCCACCCUCAAGAAGGAGACCAAUUGCGCCAUCUGCGGAGAGCGCGGCCACUGGAAGGGCGACCCAGAGUGCCCAAUGGCGGGGCAAAGUGUCGCUCCGAGGUCUUCUCCGAGCGCGCCGGCGACGACCGGGGCGAGAGGGGCUACUUCGAAGGCGGGGGCAACCGGGGCACCGAAGGGCGACGGCAAGGGCCAGAAACCGGCCCACCAGACCUUUUUCGUGCGUGACUGCGGUUCCUUUGAAGCCACCCAGGCCAACGACCAGCCCGAGUACGGCACCGCCUUCUCUGUCAACGUGGUCUUCGAGGUGCACGACGCCCCGACCGGGACGGACCGCUUCGGCAAGAUGAUGAUUUUAGACACGGCGUGCCAGAGAACAUGUUGUGGAAUCGGAUGGGAAGCCCAGCACAGCCUAGAUCUUACACCCCACGGGUUGCAGACACACCAUGUGGAUGUAACCGAUGCUUUUCAGUUCGGCAGCGGCCCGCCCUUGGUGGCCAAAAGCCGCUCUUAUGUUCCGGCUGGCAUUGGCGGUGCAAGCCUGAUCUUCGGAGCUGGCGUGCUGGAUGCCAAAAUUCCCCUUCUUGCCUCCAACAAGUUGCUGGAAAGCCUAGGCAUGAUCCUUGAUAUGCCCAGCAGCCAGGUUAGCUUUGUCAGUCUGGGGGUCACAGUUCCGAUGCUGAGAACGGCCACAUUGCAGUUCGCAUCGAUGAGUUUGCUGAUUGCCCCGAGUGGCACACCAUGCAGUCCAGCAUUGAUUGGUGCGAUCCUCCUCCGGAGCUUGCGGCUCGAGGAGAACUUGUACGUGGUGAAGAAGAUCAUGGACCUGCGGCGACACCUCUUCACGAGCAUGGGCUGCGCGGUGAACCUCGGCAUCUUGGACCCCGAGAUCUACCAGGCCGUGCCGCCGAUCUUGGACGUGCGCUUUGCAGCUCCACAGGGCACCUGCCAGCUGCCAGCACCCCGACUAUGUCCGGUACGGCAACGCGUACGGCAAGUUCGCCAGGUGCAAGAGGUGCCACAUGAGACUGAGAUGGAGCGACCACCUGGGGAUGUGGGAAGGCCACCCCGACGCAAAGUCCGGAACCUCGCUGCUAACCUCGCGACCGCCAUUGCCCUCCUCGUCCAAUAUUGCACCGGCGGGUUCCAGCCAGAGCAGCAAGCAGUUCGAGCCUUCAGCCCGGGCGUCCCUGAGUUCGGCUACGCCCAAGCGAUCGAGUUCGAAACGCCGCUCCCGAAGGCAGCAGCCGGCAGCCAGCAGCGCAUCCGAGAUGGAGCUGGACCCGUGGCGGCUGGUAGCAGCCGGGGACGAGUCGGAGAAUUACGACUGGACCGGGGAACCCUGAAAAGGCUCAAGGGAGGCUGGGCUCGAUCAGCCCGGUUGCUGGAGAACGAGCGGGAGAUCUAUGAUGUUCUGCCCGCGACGGUCAACCGACGACCGCCUUCCAUUGAUGUGCUGUGCGUGUUCCCUGGCAGCGACUGGCUUCAUGAAGGCCUGGCUUCGCACCGAAUGACCUCGACGGCGCUGCCCCUACACGUUGCCCGGCGUCUUCGUGACGAUCCUGACAUACUUGGAGAAGCACUACGAGCACUACGACGGCUUCGGCCACACGUCCUCUACGUCUCCUGCCUCGACUUCUUCCCCGGCGGCAACAAAGGACCCUACGUGCAGCACUUGAUCGAGGAACAAGCCCAGCAAGGCCGGACCUAUAUCCUGGCCGACUCCUGCGACGCCGCCGCCGUGCAGACCACCAUCCCGGGCGGCAGCUCCUUCUUGCUCGACCGCGGCCCGGCGACCCAGGAGAACCUGCACAACGGCAUCGUGGAGCUGAUUCGGGACUAUGUCGCGACUAAGGAGCCGAUGCGCUUUGGCAUCUACCAGGCCCUGGUCACCUACCGGGAGCCAGUGCGAGACCUCACGGCGUGGGACACCAUUGCCGAGAUGAUGUCGAGAUCCUUUGGUUCCGAGGGCAGCCGGCCCUUCUACAUAGACCCCGGCAGCGAGGUCGGCAAGGAAGUGCAAAACCUGCUGAGGAUGACGGCGGUGAGGAUACAAUGCGUCCAGCGGCCCACACAGCGGCGACUACCUCAAAAUGUUCCCUACACCGCGCGGGCCGCCUUCCUGAUCCACUCCGACGACACACGGGCGGUGGAGGUCGAGAACUUGGCGCUGGUCCAGCGCCCCAAACAAAGGUUUGCAAAACCGGUGCGACACGCCCUCCUGGCCUACGGCGACCUGAUCGAGGAGACCGAGACGUCACCAAACGUGCCGGCCGAGACGCCGAUCACCGACCUCCCCACCGACAUCAGCUUCCCGAACCUCAGCCAGCAGGUGCCGCUCGAGGUAAGGAGGGCAAUCGCAAAAGCCCACAUAAACCUCGGACACGCAUCACCACAAGAGAUGCUCAGACUAGCUGUGCAAACCGGUAACCCAAGUGAGAUGUUUCUUCAGACUAUUCGGCGGCUCAACUGCGCCACUUGCGCCCGACUUAAAGGACCACAGCCACCACCGCCGGCAUCAACAACCAUUACGGCCAGCCAGUUCGGCGACCGAGUUGAGAUCGACAUCUUCUACCUCCGCGACCUCACCGGCAAGAGCUGCAUGGUCUUAGGAGCCGUCGACGUGGCGACGCGGUUCCACCAAGCCGCCGUUCUGGAAACCAGGAACCCUGAGGAGGCCUACCGCGCCCUCGAGACGAUGUGGCUGCGACCUUUUGGCCUCAUGGUUCAGCUUGGCGCCGACCCGGACGGGACCUUUCAGGGCACCUUCGAGGAGCGAUUGCGCUCCCACGGCGUCCUCAUCGACUUCUGCCCGGCUGACGCCCACUAUAAGAUUGCCCAUGUGGAGCGCCAGAACGCCUUCCUCAGGACGAUCCUCGAGAAGCUCGUGGACACCUUUGCCGCGACCAACGUGAAGGACAUUGAGCUCUUGAUCGCGCCGGCCCUCCAUGCAGCCAAUUCCCUUAUCCUGACAAGAGGGAGGUCAGCUUAUCAAGCGGUGUUCGGCAGGACCCCUCGUCUUCCGGGCGGCCUGUUCUCAGACUCAAACGCUUUGGCCACCACGCCGACCACUGAUGCAGCCGCAACCGCCGAGAUCGUCCGGGCUGAGGCGAUCAAGACGAUCGCCGACCUCAACGUGAAGCAGUCCCUUCGGCGAGCACUUUUGCGAAAGACCCGGCACCUCCUUUUGGAGAUGGCGAAAGAAGGGGGUCAAGAAAAGAGGUCGGGCACAACGAUAGCUUUGGUUGCCAUUGAGCAACUGCGUGCCGCCACCGGGUACGAAGCAUGGAUCCCUGACGAGGCCGAGGUGAAAGCUUUAAAGGACGCGGCCCGGACCUUGGACGACAGCUUGUGGUCAGAUGAAACCGGACCGCCACCGCCAAAGCGAUCACUGGAGCAGGACGACGUGGAGAUGGACCCAGAACUCGGGUACGACAUCUCAUUGCCCGAGGUAGCGGCGGCAGUUGCUUCUUCUUCGGCCGCUCCUCCUCCGGGUGCCCAGCCGGUGGUGAACACACAAGUCCAGAGCACACUGGUGUACCAGCCGCAGGUUCAGAACACUGUCGUGCAUAACACGGACUCCGAGAGCAAGGUCUGCACCGAGAACACCAAGGGCAAUCAGAAGCAGAUCGCCGAAACCUUCGGCAUUGGCAGCUCAGCCUGCGAACAGGACUCCAACAGCGACCAGCACAUGGAAGAGCCAGAGACACCCGUGAUGCCAACGACGGUCACAGUUGACAGGCCUACGGGACCACAGCAACCAGGACAGGUUCACGCAGCCACUGCCUCAGCAGCUUCAUCUUCGAGGCCCUCGACGACGCCGGUGACGAGCGAGGCACCCAGCGGCGGACCUGAUCCACUACUACCGGCCAAGCGCCCCUUCGAGACCCUUUCCACUCUCUUCUUUGAGGACGGCUACCUUCAGCACUGCGAGCCCGGCGACACUUUGGAGCAAAGCUUUGGACCGCAAACCGACCUCUACUACCAGACUUACUUAGCUUCAAACCACCGCAAGGACGACUUGAAAGGCAGCCCGAACAAGCCUGCCAACGAGUCGGACUCCUCCGAUACCGACUGGAAUGACGAGGCCCGGCCCAAUGAUCCGGCCAAGGACCUCACUCGAGCCGAGGCUAAAGCACUCGACCGAGAAAUCCCAUGGAGGAAGAUCCUCGAGAUGGACCAGAAGACGGUGGAAGCCUUCAAAGCGGCCACGGAGAAAGAAGCCAAAAGCUGGCAGGACUGGGGCUCGGUCAAACCUUUGAGCCACGAGCAGGCCCGCAAGGUGCUUCAGGACAAGAUCCUCGCGCGGAGGGUGCUCAGAACCCGGAGCUGUUUCCGAGACAAGAGCCGGGGGAUCGGAGAUUUGAUCCCGAAAUGCAGGGUAGUGGCUUUGGGCCACAAGGACCCAGACAUAUAUCGAAUAAACCGCGAGUGCGCGACGCCCAACCGGACCUCGGAGCACGUCCUCUUCUGCGUCCUUACUUCGGGAAGCAACCGAGAGUUUGCCCAGAGCGGCAAAAAGUGGUUUGGUUGGACGGGCGACGCCUCAACGGCCUUCCUUCAGGGCGACAUCCAGAACGACGAGCGGGAACAGCCGCUCUACCUCCUUCCGCCCAACGACGGCAUCACCUCCUUGACCAGCUGCUGGAAGGCACCACUGUACUUGGUGUGUACCAACAUCUACGGCUUGAGCAACGCUCCCCGACUCUGGUCUUUGACGGUGAUUGCCAGAUUGGUUUCUCUGGGAUACCGACAACACUCCUUCGACAAGAUGGUCUUCAUGAAGUUCGGCCCCGACGGUCACCUCAUUUCCCUGAUUAUCGUCUACGUGGACGACUUCUUGGGAACCUACCGCGAGGACUACGACGUAACCGAGGUGCACAAGGCGUUCAAGUGGGGAGCCCUCCAAGACUUUAAACUCAAUGAAGCCCUCACCUUCAAGGGCAAGCAACUGACGCUGAAGGAGAACGCCGCUGGGAGGAUUUACCUCCAUGUGUGCCAGCGGGACUUCCUCGACAGCAUGAAUGCCGGCCGUGUUCCGAAGGGUGCUGACCUCACUUCCUUCCUCACUGCCGACCAGAAGGCCGAGUUCAGGAGUGUAGCAGGGUUACUGCAGUGGCUCUCCGGCCAGACCCGUCCCGAGCUUGCCGCAGUCAACAGCCUCAGCAACCACGGGGCAGAGACCACUGUGGGCGACCUGAAGACGCUCUUCGAGGCCCUGGACUUCGCCAAGGAGACCCGAGACGACGGCUUCAUCAUCGCCGACGUCCCUCUGGACCGAUCCACUGCCAUCCUCGUGUACACCGAUGCCAGUUGGGCAAACGCCGAGAAGUGCAGAUCCCAGUGCGGGGUACUGGUGGUGCUCUGCGCACCGACGGUCCUGGAGAAGACGACCCCAGCUAUGAUCGUCGACUGGAGAUCCAGCCGGUCCACAAGGGUGUGCCGCUCAACUUUGGCGGCAGAGGCUUCGGCAGCCGAUGAGGGCUGCGACCGGGCCGUCUACGUCUCCCUCUUCCUGGGCGAGCUCCUUUACAACGUGCCGGCGCACAAGGUGGGCCAGCGUUUUCUUCAGCUGUCUGCAACUGACGCUAAGAGCCUUUACGACUGUGUAGUUUCGGACAGCCCCAACCUGAGCGACAAGCGCUCACUCGUGAAUGUCAGAGCAAUCCAAGAGGUUGUCUCCGGCAACCGUUUUCAUUGGAUCCCUACGGAUCUGAUGUGGGCCGACGGCUUGACAAAGAUAAGCCAUGACUUGCAAGCCUCUUUUCACUUAUGGCUGCAAGAUCCCACGGCGACCCUUAAGAAGUAA